AUGUCGACGAACGUUCUCAAUCAAGAUUUUGGAUCUGAGGAUGAGGAUGAUGAUUUCGACCCAGCCCCCGCCGUUGAUUCAGACGAAGAGCCUACUGUUCCAAACAGACGCCGCGACCGCGCCGAUGAAACUAACGGCCAUGCUGAUGAGGAAGAGGAAGGCAUUGAAGGAGACCAUGCAGGUGGCGAUGGGGAAGAUCAAGACGAGGAAGGAGAGGAAGAAGAUGAUGAAGAGGAUGAGGACGAAGACGAGGAAGAUGAAGAUGCCGUUACGGGUCGGCCCAAGAAACGAAGAAGGCGAGGAGGUGUAAAUGCUUUCAUUGAAGAAGAAGCUGGUGUCGACGAUGACGAUGAAGAAGCAGAAGAUGAGGAAGACGAUAUGGGCGAUGGAUUCGGCGCUGAAAUGCAUCCUGACGACCUAGAUGCGCUCCCUGUUGGUGCUGAUUUGGAUGACCGUAGACACAGGCAACUAGAUCGUCAACGAGAGCUCGAGGCUCACAUGGAUGCCGAAAAACAAGCAGCUGCGCUUAAGGAACGAUAUGGGCGCAAUCGCAUGGCCGCAACGGAUUCUGUCAUUGUACCUAAGAGACUUCUCUUGCCUAGUGUGGAUGACCCUAGCAUUUGGGGCGUUCGUUGCAAACCUGGCAAAGAAAGAGACGUCGUUUUCAACAUUCAAAAACGAAUUGAACAACGCCCUCCAGGCUCACGACAUGGAUUGAAGAUAAUCUCAGCCUUCGAACGUGGGAAAACAAUGAGUGGCUACGUAUACGUUGAAGCCCGAAGACAGGCUGAGGUUCUGGAAGCGCUCGACGGGCUAUUAGACGUGUACCCAAAAACUAAAAUGAUCCUGGUACCCGUGAAGGAAAUGCCAGACCUCCUGCGCGUCAAGAAGUCUGAAGAACUCAACCCGGGUGACUGGGUAAGGAUUAAGCGUGGCAAAUACCAGGGCGACCUUGCUCAGAUCGAAGAAGUGGAAACGAAUGGCCUCGAGGUUACAGUACGACUUGUCCCACGAUUAGACUACGGACUUAAUGAAGACCACCAAGCACCUGUUGAUGCUAAACGGAAGAGAUUCGGUGGUCCUAAUGUUGUGGCUGCUCGGCCUCCACAACGCCUCUUCAGCGAAGCAGAGGCAAGUAAGAAACACGGUAGGCAUUUAGUCGGAACAUCGAACCUGAGCGGAAAGUCGUGGAACUACCUGGGCGAUACCUACGUUGAUGGUUUUCUCAUUAAAGAGAUGAAAAUCCAGCAUCUUACCACGACCAAUGUAAACCCUCGGCUGGAGGAAGUCACUAUGUUUGCUCGGGGCUCUGAUGAUGGUGCGGCCAAUUUGGAUCUAGCAUCCCUGGCUAAUACGCUCAAGAACACUGUUUCCGAGGAUGCGUAUCGACCUGGUGAUCUUGUUGAAGUGUACAAGGGCGAGCAACAGGGCAUAAUCGGUCGCACAGUCUCAACGCGGAACGAUAUUAUCACCUUGGAAGUUACGGAAGGUGACAUGAAGGGACAGAGAAUAGAUGCGCCUGUCAAAACACUGCGAAAGACCUUUAGAGAGGGUGAUCAUGUCAAAGUUAUUGGCGGUAGCCGUUACCAAGAUGAGUUGGGUAUGGUUGUGCAGAUCAACGGUGAUAGUGUUACUAUCCUCAGCGAUAUGAGCAUGGAAGAAAUUACUGUUUUUAGCAAGGACCUGCGGCUUUCGACUGAAUCUGGUGUGGAUGGAAAGCUUGGAACAUUUGAUGUGCAUGAUCUUGUCCAGCUUGACGCCACUACUGUUGCUUGCAUUAUCCAGGUCGACCGUGAGUCACUUCGAGUCAUUGAUCAAAACGGUUCUGUGCGCAAUGUACUCCCAUCAAGAAUAUCAUCUAAGAUCCCGAGGCGAAAGGAUGCUGUAGCUACAGAUCGCAAUGGUGCCGAGAUCCGUCAUGGUGACACAGUUCGUGAGAUGUAUGGUGAACAGCGAAGUGGAGUCAUUAUGCAUGUUCAUCGAUCAUUUCUUUUCUUGCACAACAAAGCCCAAACCGAGAAUACUGGUGUCAUAGUAGCCCGCACUUCAAAUGUCGUCACUGUAUCUGCAAAGGGAGGCCGUGCUACGGGGCCUGAUUUGACACGGAUGAAUCCAGCCAUUAUGCAACGCCCCCCUCAAGGCUCUGGUAUGCCUCCUCCAAGAUCAACUGGACGGGAUCGUCUCGUCGGAAAGACCGUCGGUAUCACAAAAGGAAGCUACAAAGGCCUCAUCGGCAUUGUCAGAGAGACUACUGAGGACCUGGUGCGGGUUGAGUUACACACCAAGGGAAGCAAAGUCAUGGUUCCAAGAACCGGAGUAGUUGUGAAGGAUCCUGUCACCGGUCAAACAAUCGAUAUGAACCGUGGCGGACGGCCUCGUGUGCCAGGCGGAGCUGGAGGUCCACCAAGAGAUGCAGGUUGGUCUGGGUCGCGGACACCAAGUGCUUCUAUGGACUCAAGAACACCUUCGUGGAGUGGUUCGUUGUCUUCUAGAACUCCUGCCUGGGGUGGCUCUGCAGCAAGUGGUUCACGAACGCCUGCUUGGAAAGCCGAUGGAUCUCGUACUGCUUACGGCGGUGGUAUGAGUGGAGGACGUACACCUGCCUGGAAUAGCGGUGCUCGGACGCCAUACGAUUCUAGCUCAGGCAGUGGCUUCGACGCAUUUGCCGCAGGCUCUCGUACUCCAGCAUGGGGAGCUGCAAGCGGCGGACGUACGCCUGCUUGGAGCGCCGGCGGAUCAACUACCAGUAAAGCUUACGAUGCCCCUACACCCGGCGGCGAUUAUUCCGCUCCCACUCCCGGCGCAUAUCCCACUGCUCCCACACCAGGGGCUUCGGGGUCAGCCUCGACUCCGCGCUGGACAGACAAUGCGCCUACUCCUGGGGCACUCAAUGCGCCAACACCUGGUUCUUAUGGUGGCGGUGGUGGACGGGCGUAUGACGCACCUACUCCUGCCAUGGCCGCUACACCUGGUGCCGCAGACGAUAACCCGACAUAUCUAGACGACUCGGAGUGA